UAUAAUAUGAAAUUGGCUAAAAAAUUAUGGGAUAAUCAUGUAAAAGUUGGUCUCUCCUUCAAUAAUUUCUUUAAGACCAAAGAGGAAUUAAAUGAUGCGAUCGAAAUUUUUGAGAAAAAUAUGUUAAUUACUUUAAUGAUAGAUUGCCCAGAAACAGAUAUGAUAAAAGCGAAUUUUAAAUCUCAUGAAUAUCAAGAAGCGAUCAUAAAAUUAAAUUCGUUGAAGGCUUUCGACAAUAAAUGGACAAAACAACUUAAAAAAACUCAUGAAGCUGAACAAAAACAACAAAAUAGUGCUUACAAUAGAUUAUUAGAUCAAUUUAAAAAUGAACAUAUAUCUGCUUUAGCUAAUGUUAAAAGUGAAAAUGAAGCAGAGAUAGAAUCAUUAAAAAAGAAAACUAAAAAAUCCAAAAAGACGAAAUGCCGUAUUGUCAGUUUCUGCUGUAAUUAG